UUCGGAUGUUCGGAUGCAACUAAAUCGAAGGUUGAUGAAUUAUUAAAAAAUGGAAAAUCCUGAAUCUUGAAAUGGCAGACAUUGAUCAAGUACAAUGGGGCGACUAUAGCUAGGAACAGCACAUGACGACAAACGUUUAUGUCAUUACUUUUAUAGUACAACGCCCAAAGAAAGACUGAUUAAGGAUUUAAUGAACGAAUCGAAGAAUCAACGGAAUUAAACAUCGAAUUGGAUACUACAAUGGGGGUCUCGUAUUUCGACAGUAUUAAUUCUACAGCGGCAUACAAUAGCACUGGAUUCGAUGGAAUUAACAGUACGAUUGAGUCGGAUGAAUGCCCCGAUGAAGAUAAUUACCAAACGUUUUAUCUUACAUUUAGAGUAACAGUAGAUGUUUUUAUUGUUGGCUCGUUGUGUUUGUUUGGCAUUUUAGGAAAUAUAAUUUCCAUGGUUGUCAUCAAGAGUGGGAAAAUAACGUCAGCCAAGACAACACGAUUUCUUUUACAGGGGUUAUCCAUUAGCGACAGCAGUUACCUCAUCAUGGCCUUCAUUAGCUCAACCAUGAGGGGCAUCAUGAAGUACACUGACUGGGGUGACCCAUUUCACGGACGCUAUCCCUAUAUGUAUCGCUACAUUUGGGCUUUGUCAGCAAUUGCCCGGUUGUUAGCUGUCAAUUUUGUUGUUUUGGUAACAAUUGAACGCUACAUAGCAACUUGUCACCCUCUAAAUGUCAAAAGAUGGUGCACGUUAAAAAGAGUGCGCAUAGUAGCAGCUAUAACCGUACUUGUAUCAAUGCUAUUUAAUGUUCCGAGAUUUUUCGAUGCUAUACCAGUUGAAUACGAUAAUUGCACAAAGAUGCUUGACGUUGGAGGAUAUGCUGAGUAUCUGGAACUAAAUGGUAUGUUCUACUCAAUGGCCUAUAUUACAGUACUCUACUAUACCGCCAAUGUCAUUAUACCUAUUACCUUACUACUUAUACUAAACGCUAAAAUCAUUAUAACUCUCAAAAGAGCAUUUAGAGGCGUCGAAGCAUUGGGUUCUAGUUUUAAUCAUAGAGCAGCAGAAAAGACACAGGCGAAGGAGAAGGGCACGACUAUGAUGCUAUGCGUUGUUGUUAUCGUAUUUAUCGUUUGCCAGACUCCGUCUUUCGCUAUUAGUAUGGUGUACACCCUUUAUGCUUUUGGCGUUAAUAUGCCCGAUAGGAACAUGAUGCGGUAUUGGUAUUCCAUAGGGACAACAUUAAAUGUACUGAAUUCAGCAACAAACUUUGGUAUCUAUUUCGUAUUUUCAAAACAAUUUCGACAGGUACUGAUGGGGUAUCUGUCAUGCAUUAAGUGCAUUUCAUGCAACCGUGGUAAAUAUACCUGUUCUAGUAAAAAGUUUGAGAAAAGCCAGCAAUCUACACAAAGUACAUCGUCUUCAGUUGAACGCUAUCUGUCGAAUUCAAGCACCAGAGAGACAAUGAUUGUGUAGAAAUCAUAUCUUAAUAUCAAAUGUUGUUCCUUCCAUAUCUAAUCAUUAUCAGUAUUAUUGUCACCUACAGUAUGUAACUGGUGGAUAAUUAUUUCAGUGUUGAUAUAUGAAUUAAGAAAGUACACUCCCCUUCAAAAGCUUAGCAACCCAAAUCCUAGUUUGAGAGCGUGUGAUGCUUAUGCAUGCUAAAGUUUCAUUUUUCUCAGUUACUUAAGUUUGGGAAUCUCUGACAGAUAUGAUUUUUGAACACCAAACAUUAACAGAAGAACAUGUCGUCAAAUGAGGUUGUUGAGGUUGUCUAACUUUUGGAAGGAAUUGUACCCUUUGUUAGUAUUAUGUGGUGUAAUGGCUUUCGAUGUUUUACAAUUUCUUAAAUAUAUAGACAUUAUCCGCAUAACUUGCACAUUGGCAAAUAAUAACGUUGUUAAAAUGUUGUCGAAUAUAUGGAUCUUCAAUGUACCAAGUUCUUCCGAAAUUAAUUACGACCAAUGAUUAAUGAUACGCAAUGAGUCAAGUCCAACAUGCUAUGUGACGGAUUCAAAGGUGCAUGCCUUCUGAACAUAUGAACUGUGUUUCAAGUGUUUGCAAGGUAUACCAUUCAUUUUGCACGUGAGUUUAUACUCCUCUUUUUGUUCAUGAAUAUUGUUGAAUCCCAAUCGUGCAUGAACAAUUAAUACAACAGUUUCCAUCUCAAAAAGAUUCCUCGUAUAGAAACUGCAUGAACGGGCCUGUAGCAAGGGGGGUCAGGGGGUGCGAGUGAACCCUCUCCCUAGCCAAAAAUUCUUUCAUAAUCAUGCAGUUUUUC